CGACAAACUUCUCUCUCUCUCUCUUUUCCAGCACUUUCUGGUUUCUUCUCUCCGACAACCUCCUCUGCCGACUGACAACAUCCACCCCGACCCCGCAGAGGAAACUACCCCUCCUCUCUUCAUUUAUUACCCCUCACUCUCUCCGUACGGAUCUGUGAAUUUGUAUUUACUCUUGGAGCGGCGGUAGGGACUUGAGCUCUGUGGAUGUGUGCGUGUGUGUGUGUGUGUGCAUGCGUGCGUGCGUGAGUCAGUAUGCCAUGGCGUCCCCUGGCUCGUCGUUUGUGCGGAUAAAGCAUGAGGACCUGCUCUUCUAUGAGAACUGUGGAGGAGGCAGCUUCGGGAGUGUCUACAGAGCCCUCUGGAUAUCCCAGGACAAGGAGGUGGCUGUGAAGAAGCUUCUGAAGAUUGACAAGGAGGCUGAGAUUCUCAGUGUCCUGAGUCACAAGAACAUCAUUCAGUUUUAUGGAGCUGUGCUGGAAUCUCCCAACUAUGGCAUUGUCACAGAAUAUGCUAGUGCGGGGUCUCUGUACGAGUACCUCUCCAGUGAGCAGAGCGAGGAGAUGGACAUGGAGCAGAUCAUGACAUGGGCCAUACAGAUCGCCAAAGGGAUGCAUUACCUCCACGCAGAAGCUCCAGUCAAAGUCAUUCACAGAGACCUCAAGUCACGGAACGUGGUGAUGACAGCAGACAAAGUGCUGAAGAUUUGUGACUUCGGGGCCUCCAAGUUCCUCUCCCACACCACCCAUAUGACCGUGGUGGGCACGUUCCCCUGGAUGGCCCCUGAGGUCAUUCAGAGCCUGCCUGUGUCCGAGACCUGCGACACCUACUCCUACGGCGUGGUGCUGUGGGAGAUGCUGACUCGGGAGGUUCCUUUCAAAGGCUUCGAGGGGCUGCAGGUUGCAUGGCUGGUGGUGGAAAAACAAGAGAGGCUGACCAUCCCCACCAGCUGUCCAGCAAGUUUUGCAGAGCUGAUGAGGAAAUGUUGGCAAGCAGAGCCAAAGGAGCGUCCACAGUUUAAGCAGGUGCUGGUAACCCUGGAGACCAUGGCCAACGACAGCAGACUACCGGACCAGUGUAAUUCCUUCUUACAUAACAAGGACCAGUGGAGGUGUGAAAUUGAGUCGACCUUGGAGCGUCUCCGCAAGCUGGAGAGGGAGCUGUACUCCAAAGAGAAGGAGCUGGAGGAGAGGGAGAGGAGGCUCAGGCUGUGGGAGGAGCGGCUGAUGGAGAGGUCCAACAUGACCCCCAGUCCGACCUCCUUACUCAUGGAGCGAUCAAACAUCUCACCAUUCUUCACACCGAUGUCCAUCGGUUCCUCUGGUUCUUUCUUCCGCUCGCACUCUCAGGACUCCAACAGCACGGGGGUCAGCAGCGCCGGCGUCAGCUCCCUCCUCCGCACCCUCAGCAACGGAGAUACGGAGAGGGGGAGCAGUGCGUCGCUGGAAAGGGGGGUGGGUUCGCUCGACAGCGGGAGGCUGCACACCAUGCUCCGAGGGUUGCAGGGGAGGUUUGGAGAGGAGGAGGAGGAGGAGGAGGAGGAAGGGACCCUGGAGGAGAAAGGGUGGGGGCAGCGGGAGAGACACGAUAGUGGGAGCUUAGAGGGAGGAAGAGUGCAGGUGACGCUCCGCAGCUUCCCGGGCGGUGUAGUGGAGAGGGAGGAGAGGACGUGGGAGGAGGGGGACAGGGAGCGAGGAGGCAUGCAGAGGAGUAGGGUGACGACCAUAGUCCGAGGAUACUCCGGGGGGUUUGGAGAGGCAGAAGGGGAGAGGGAGAGGGAGAAGGAGGGAGGAUGGGAGAUAGAAAAGCUUGGGGACAGGCUCAAUGAGAAAGGGAUGGAGGGAGGGAUGGAAGGAGGGAGGCUCCCGAGCAUGUUCAAGGGUCUCCACGGGAGUUUGGGGGGCUUGGGGGAAAUGCUGUCCUUAGACAUGGACAACAUGGGGGACAUGGAGAGACUGGGUGACAUGGACAUGGACAUGGACAUGGGCGACCUGGGGGUGAAGGUGGUGGGUCACGGAGUGAGGAGUGAGCUGGGGGUCAGGGGUCGCCGGAGUGACGUGGGAGUGGUGGUCCAGGGCGUCAGAGGUGACCUCAGCGAGGCUAUCGGCCAAAAGAUCAGAGGGGAGGUGGGCGUGCGCGGCCGCUCGGGUGUGCAGGUGAGCAUGCGGUCUUCGUCCAAUCAGAACUCUGUGAAGAGCUGCAGCGUGCGGCAUGGAACCAAGAUCAACAUGGCGACGGCCGCCAUGGACAUGAUGGAGCUCGACUGGUCCGACAGUGACUAGGAAACACAUUAGCGCGCUCACACACACGCACCGAGAUGCACACAGAGGCCAAACUAGAAUGAUUUUGACUCGUCAGCACGUACGGUAUCUGAGCUACAGUAUGUGCAUUAGAAUCUCCAGUUUGAAAAACAGCUGGCACACACACAUUUCUUUUGUUAAAUCUUUUUUUUUAUUAUUAUUAUUGAAUGGAUGAAUACUACACCCAUGUGUACUGUGAAGGAGGGAAGGAUAAAAAAGACAAUCGGAGGUUGUCUUGUGAUGUGGACAGAAUGAUUUGACCUGUGUAGUUCAAUGUGCCGUUAGAACUGAUGCAUAACAUACUGUAAGAGGUACAAGUGUUACGAAAUGAAACACACUUGAAUGCCGCUCUACUGAGGCAGCGCUGUCGGAUGUUGUUUCCUUUCUCUCCUGCUUGUAGUUUGUAGAUUUGAUUUGUUAGAAAACAGGCUUUGACUUUUUUCAGUUCUAACUGUGAUCUAGAGCGUGAAUUUCUUUUUGGCAUUUCUUUCUGUAUAUUUUAUCAUUUUUCAAUAAAAAGACAGGAAACCGA